AUGGCCGCCGCCCGCGCGGCAGGCCCGCCAUGGCCGGCCGUGGCGCACCGAUGGAGAGGCCCGGGGGUGGAAGAAUGGGGGAACGGGAGGGUGAGGGGGAGAGGGUGGGGACCACCGGCGCCGGAGCUGCGGCGGCGGCGCCGUGGGGAGCACCAGGGCGGCGGAACCCUAACGGGCCGACUCGGGAGCGACCGAUCUCAAUUUCAUCCGUCGACUACCAACGGAACAUCACACAUCCACACCCUGAUCAAUGGGAAUCGGCAUAGCACUGCAGUUAUGGUAAAAAGAGAGGAAAAGAAAACUGGCUACUUGUUCAAAGAGGACAACAGGGAAAAGAACUGGCACCGAAAUCUCCGUACGAAGUGUCAGGCCAAACCGAAGUAUUGCAUAACUAAUUUGAUGAUCGAAUCUUUUAUCAUCUGA